UACAAAUCUCAACCACUAGCUAGACAGCGACAUACGAACAGGCCAAAAAAAAACGAAAAGAAAGAUGAGAAAUAUUUGUUGAACAAAUUAAGAAAGCAUUUGGUCAGCGCAAAAUAACCCCUCAAGUGCACGAAAUUUGGUCCGGCCGCCAAUGGUAGCGUUGAGGUCAACGCCAGUAACAGCAUUAAGCCGUUUUGGAAGAUGUGCGCAGCGUUCGCAUUCGCAGCGAUUCAUUGCUGGUCGAUAUAAGCAAACAGCAGGCUGCAAAACAUACCCAGGCUAGGCCCAAAACAACAACCGUACGAAACUGAACAGGACAUUCGCAACAGUAACAGCGACAGCAGAAGCAACAGCGACCAGAAAGAGGAGCAGCAGGCGAUGGCAGCCGCCGUCUCGUCGCCCGAUGCACUGCAAGCUUUCAAUGUGGCCUUUAGCGAAAUUACGCUCGGCGAGAAAGUCGGCCAUGGCUCGUUUGGUGUUGUGUCCAAGGCAAUGUGGAGCAACAAGCUGGUGGCCGUCAAGGAGUUCUUCGCCAGCGCCGAGCAGAAGGACAUUGACAAGGAGGUGAAGCAGUUGUCGCGCGUCAAGCAUGACAACAUUAUUGCACUAUACGGCAUCUGUUAUGCCCAGCAGGCCACAUAUUUAAUCAUGGAGUACGCCGAGGGCGGAUCCCUGCACAAUUUUCUGCAUGGCAAAGUGAAGCCCGCGUAUAGCUUGGCGCAUGCCAUGAGCUGGGCGCUCCAGUGUGCCGAGGGUGUCGCCUACCUGCAUGGAAUGUCGCCCAAGCCGCUGAUCCAUCGCGAUCUGAAGCCGCUCAAUUUGCUGCUGACCAACAAGGGACGCAAUUUGAAGAUAUGUGAUUUUGGCACCGUCGCCGAUAAGUCAACCAUGAUGACAAACAAUCGCGGCAGCGCUGCCUGGAUGGCGCCCGAGGUUUUCGAGGGCUCCAAAUACACGGAGAAGUGUGACAUUUUCAGCUGGGCGAUUGUUCUGUGGGAGGUGCUAUCGCGCAAGCCACCAUUUAUGGAUAUCGACAAUGCGUACACCAUUCAGUGGAAGAUACACAAGGGUGAGCGACCGCCUUUGCUGGACAAUUGUCCCAAGCACAUUGAGCAACUGAUGACUGCCUGCUGGAUGACGGCGCCUGAAGAUCGACCCUCAAUGCAGUAUAUUGUUAGCGUGAUGAAUGAGAUUAUCAAAGACUAUGUUGGCGCCGACAAGCCGCUAGAAUAUGCGUUUAUCAACCAACAAAUUGUGACCAAAGAGAGCGACGGCACGGUGGCCGCGCAAUAUGAUAGUCUAAGUCACAGCUCCAGUGACAUGAGCCUUGCGUCCACACAGCUAACACCCACAAAUGUGCGUGGAACAGCGACUGAGAUUGGCACUGGAACUGGAGUUGGAGCUGGAGCUGGAGUUGGAUCUGUGACUGGAACUGGGUCGACCGAUACCGAAUAUACCUCAUCAGAGCGAACACCCACCAAUUCGGGCCAAUUAGACAAUAAUGGACUGUUCCAUAUGAGCAGCAGUAAUCGGUGGGAUGCCAUACCCGAAGAGGACAGCGGCGAGAGUCAAAACGCUAGCUUCAAUUUGACAUCGUCUGCAGAGGCAAGCAAGCGUUUGGAAACCAUACGCAACGGAAUGAUACAAAUGGCCAGCAGGCCAAUGGAGCAGCUUACCCUCGAUGUUGAACCGAACGGUUUUGAACUGAAUCGCAGCGAGAGCAGCCGCAGCAGUUUGCAUGCCAAAACUGAUGGCCGGGAACGUUUGACAGUGACGGACACGAAGCCGGUGAUCAUGACCAGUGGCAGCUGUGCCACCAACAACAGCAACAACACCACAGACCUCACUAACAACAAUAACAAUUAUAAUAUUAACAGUAAUAACAAUGAACUCAAUACAAAUGGACUGCUUAGCCAAGCCCCCAAUGCCAAUGAAACGAACGAUUGCAUCGAUGCACGCAUCGAUGAGGACACGGAUGCGGAUGUGGAUGCUAACUGUGGCUGCACCGAGCAAUCACUGGCAGAGAUAUUAGAUCCAGAGCUGCAGCCAGAGCCGCCCAUACCAAACAAUGCGGAAUCGCAGGCGAUUUAUCGGGAUCAUCGGCACAUGGCCAAGGAGUAUCUCAGCGUCGACACAAACCUCUACUACGCGCAGGACUUCAAGGAGAAGCUAAUACUGCAAAUGGAUCGCAUCGAGCGCGAUCAAAAACAGGAGCUCUUGCGCAAAAUUAAAGACAAGGAGGGCCUGCAAAGCCUCUACAAUAAUCUGCAGCAGCAGUGGGAGAAGCUGCCGGCUGCCCGCCAGCCAAAUCUUCAUGGUGGUCGCCUGCAGCCAUCGGUUGGGGUUGUUGGCAAUAAUAGUCACCACAGCAGUAGUCAGGAGCUGACUGGUGGCAUCAGCAGCGGUGACUCUGUGGAGAAUGAUGGCUGGGUCGUUAUAGCACCGCAUCACAAUACGUAGCUCGGAUUUGAGGCAGUUUCUGUGGAAUCAAUGUGUAACCAACCAACCAGUAGCUGUGUAUUUCUAUCUGUAUUUGUUUAACUUAUAAUCGUAAUUUGUAAUUAUUAAUUUUUAGCUAUACUCUGUAAUUGUUUAAGUUAAGGUUCAUUGCGUUUUGACAUUUAGAAUGGAUCUAGAUGUUUUAGCGUGUAGUUUUAGCCAUGUUGCUUGUUUCUGUGUACCUUAUAAGCAUUCUGACACUUGACACUUAAGAUUUUAUUGCUACGUGCUAUGUAUUUAAUAUGAACAUAGUGUAUGUGUAUGUAUAUGUGCAUCGAUAUUGAGAGGUAUUGAUGUGACAACAAACGUUUACCAAAAAUAUAUAAAAGUAUCUGCCAUCGAUUCGUGUCCGCAACGAAUCCAUGGCAAAUCUCGAACAAAUACAAA